UGUCAUUCUAGGGAAGUGUGACUGAAACUACGUUUAUUUUCUGAUGCAGCUUGCUGUUCUCUGGCACUGAUAGUGCAUGGCGGCUUAUCCUAACUCUGUCCUGAAGUGAGGUGGGAAAACUGUCCAAUAAUCCAACAUCACUAAGACAGACAAGGUCUGUGGGUGAUAAGGAAUCCACCAUGAAUGGGCAGCUGGACUUAAGUGGGAAGCUGAUCAUCAAAGCUCAGCUUGGGGAAGAUAUUAGGAGAAUCCCUAUUCAUAAUGAAGAUAUCACCUAUGAUGAAUUGGUGCUAAUGAUGCAAAGAGUUUUUAGAGGAAAACUUCUGAGCAAUGAUGAAGUCACAAUAAAAUAUAAAGAUGAAGAUGGAGAUCUUAUAACAAUUUUUGAUAGCUCAGAUCUCUCCUUUGCAAUUCAAUGCAGUAGGAUACUUAAGCUGACAUUGUUUGUGAAUGGACAACCAAGACCUUUAGAAUCUAACCAGGUGAAGUACCUGCGCCGAGAGCUGAUAGAACUUCGCAAUAAAGUCAAUCGUUUACUGGACUGCUUAGAGCCACCAGCGGAACCAGGGCUUUCCACUAAUCUGCCUGAGAGUGAUGCUGUAGAUGGUAGGGAUGAAAAGCCUGCUGCUGCUGACGCUAAUGUUAAGCCAUCCACUCAAGUUAUAGCAGCGAGCAUGUCUGCAUUCGAUCCGCUAAAGAACCAGGAUGAAAUCAGCAAGAAUGUCAUGUCAGCCUUUGGCUUGACAGAUGAUCAGGUGUCAGGACCACCCAGUGCCCCUGCAGAGGAGCGAUCAGGAACGCCAGACAGCAUUGCCUCCUCCUCCUCUGCUGCCCAUCCCCCUGGGGUUCAGGCACAGCAGCCACCCUACCCCAGCACGCAGCCACAGACUGGGCAGGUGGAAGGUCAGAUGUAUCAGCAGUACCAGCAGCCUGGUUACCCUGCUCAGCAGCCGCAGGCUCAGCCCCAGCAGCAGUACGGCGUGCAGUACCCAGGCUACAGCCAGCAGCAGCCCCCGUCGCAGCAAGCGCAGCAGUUCCCGGCCUACAGCCAGGCGGCCGCCCCGGCCCCCGCCGCCUUCCCGGGGCAGGCGCCCCCC